UGUCACUUGAUAAAUAUGUGUCUUCAGGAACUCUUAACAUUCAGGGGUGUGGCCAUAGAAUUCUCCCCAGAAGAGUGGAAAUGUCUGGAUCCUGCCCAGCAGAAUGUAUUUAGAGAUGUGAUGUUGGAGAACUACAGAAACCUGGUCUCCCUGGGUGUUGCUCUCUUUAACUCAGACCUGAUCACCUGUUUGGAGCAAAGAAAAGAGCCCUUUAAUGGGAAGACACAUGAGACAGUAGCCAAAGCCCCAGGUGUGUGUUCUCAUUUUACCCAAGAUCUUUGGCCAGUGCAGGGCAUAGAAGAUUCAUUCCACAAACUUAUACUGAGAAGAUAUGAGAAAUGUGGACAGAAGAAUUUACAAUCAAGGAAACGCUGUAAAAGUGUGAAUAAGUGUAAGGUGCAGAAAGGAGGUUACAAUGGACUUUACCAAUGCUUAUCAACUACCCAGAGCAAAAUAAUUCAAUGUAAUACAUGUGUUAAAGUUUUUCAUAAAUUUUCAAACAACAUAAGACAUACUGGAGAGAAAUCAUUUAAAUGUAAAAAAUGUAGAUCAUUUCCCAAGUUCCUCCAACUAACUUAACAUAAGGGAAUACACGCUGGAGAGAUACCCUACAAAUGUGAAGAAUGUGGCAAAGCCUUUAAUAGGUCCACAAGCAUUACUAAAUAUAAGAAAAUUCAUGCUGGAGAGAAACCCCUCACAUGUGAAGAAUGUGGCAAAAUCUCUACCUCAUCCUCAAGCUUUGACAAACAUAAGAGAAUUCAUACUGGAGAGAAACCCUACACAUGUGAAGAAUGUGGCAAAGCCUUUAGACAGUCCACAACACUGAAUGAACAUAAGAAAAUUCAUACUGGAAAGAAACCCUACAAAUGUGAAGAAUGUGACAAAGCCUUUAAUAGGUCCACAGUUCCGAAUGAACAUAAGAAAAUUUAUACUGGAGAGAAACCCUACAAAUGUAAAGAAUGUGGCAAAGCAUUUAGACAGUCCAGAAACCUGAAUGAACAUAAGAAUAUUCAUACUGGAGAGAAACCCUACAAAUGUGAAGAAUGCGGCAAAGCCUUUACUUGGUCCUCAUCCCUUAAUAAACAUAAGAGAAUUCAUACUGGUGAGAAACCCUACACAAGUGAAGAAUGUGGCAAAGCCUUUUAUAGGUCCUUACACCUUACUGAACAUAAGAAUAUUCAUACUGGAGAGAAAUCCUACAAAUGUGAAGAGUGUGGCAAUGCCUUUUAUAGAUGUUCACACCUUACCAAACAUAGGAGAAUUCAUCCUGGGAAAAAACCCUACAAAUGUGAAGAAUGUGUCAAAGCCUUUAGACAGUCCUCUGCACUGAAUGAAUAUAAGAAAAUUCAUACCGGAGAGAAACCCUACAAAUGUAAAGAAUGUGGCAAAGCCUUUAGAUGGUCCAGAAGCCUGAAUGAACAUAUGAAUGUUCAUACUGGAGAGAAACCCUACACAUGUGAAGAAUGUGGUAAAGAUUUUACUUGGUCCUCAACCCUUACUGUACACCAGAGAAUUCAGACAGGAGGAGACCUGGAAGAACCCAACAGUGCCCAGCAGGACAGCGCAUGUGCAGAACCCAGUCGCGACUCCGGCAGACACCAGGCAUCUCCCUCCAGCCCAGGCUCAGCCGUGUCUUUCUUUUGACAGAAAACGUGCGGAGUUUGCUGAACACCAGUCAAUGCUCCAACCCCAACGCGGUGUCCAGCAACUCACUAAGGACACCACCCAGAGUCAGCGCAGACCCCACAAGCUCAGCGCUCUUCCCGCAGUGCCCCCCUGCAGACGCCAGUCCCUGCCUCUGGACACCCGUCUUCAUUUCUGAACACCUGUCUACAAACCAGGGGCGCCCACACCCUCCUGAGGUUCAAUAAUGUCGCAGAACUACUCACAGAACUCAGCGAAGCGCUGUGCGCGCCCACACCAGCGUAUUCUAAAAGAUGCCACUCAGGAACAGCCACGCGGAGGAGGCGCACAAGGCAAAGGGACUGGUGGGAAGUGGGAGCGGGCGGGUGAUUUGCUUCGCUUCCUCACACACCUCACAAAAGCCUUUCCUUCAAGACCCGCCGGCAGACCCCAAACCACCAGCCACGGCCGGCGCUGUCCCAUUAAUGAGUCCCCUUUUGCUCACAUGAACUCUAUGUUUUGAUAGGGCCUCGAUAUCAUCCCAAACAGGGUAAAGUAGGGACGGGACCC